CGCUUUUCUCCAGGUAUCUUUGUGUCGAGCCGUCAUGUAUUUCACCUCCUAUCUCCAAAUCCUGGCCUUGAGCUUCUCGGCAAUCACUAUUGCAAUACCAAUUGCCCCUCGAGUUGCUCCAAACAUUGAACUCGAGGUUGCGGACCCAAUUCUCGAUAUCGAAGCUCGAGCUGCCCCAGACAUCACUUUCGAAGUUGCCGAUCCGAUCGUCGAUAUCGAGGCACGAGCCGCUCCAGAUAUUACACUCGAAGUCGCUGAUCCAGUUGUCGACAUCGAGGGCUGAGCUCGUGCAGAUGUCGGAGUUGGAGUUGCAUUUUACAUCCAACAGGCAGGAAACAUAGGAAAUGUAUUCAG